ACGCUACAAAUGUCAGUGACACAGUGACGUCACGUCAGCGAUUGUCGCGUUCUCAUUAUUUUUAUUUCGCAACUUCAAGAAUAUCUGCAUAAUUGUGUCUUUUUAACAGCAGAACGCUCAAAAAAUUGAGCAACAAACAUAUCAGUACGAUGGACAACCAGUAUUAUUAUAAAUUGAUGGCUAGUUACCUGUCCAAACGAAAUUGUGACGAAUCGUUUAUGAGGUAUUUCUUUGGAAAAAACGCACUAAAGAAGACGCCAGAAGAACUCGAGCGCGCUGACGAGAGAAAGCGGCGAUUGCAGCGCGAACGUUCACGCCGCUACCGGGCGCUGAAGAACGCGCGUCGACAGAACGAGGGCAGCGGAGGACGCGAAAGCGUGGACGGCGACGCGCCGCGCGCCAAGUCACGCACGCUGCUGGCCGAGGAAGAGCUGAGCGACGGCGACGAGCCGCCCACGCUGUGCGACCUCAGCUACGACGACAAGUGGCGGGAAGCGUCUUCGGACUGCGCGUCGGACGACAACUCGGCGCAGUCCGCCGCCGAGCUGAAAGAGCCGGCCGUGUCGGGCGACGUGUCGCUCACGCUACGCGAGUUCCUCACCUCGCCGAACGCAGAGCUCGACUACCCCACUGUGCACAGCCUCAUGUUUCACUGGCUGCAGACGUAACAUCCCCUCCCCGUCUGUCCCCUUGUUACAGGUACCACAUUAGUAUUGGCUCAUAUCAUUAGCUGUCUCUUCUAAAUUAUAAUUGUAAUCAGAUGCAUAUCUGGAGAUGAAAAAUUGUGCCGGUGAAGCUGCACGGAGGCGAGCGGGGAGUGUGGUAGUGUUGCACAUAUCAGCACAUGUGUGGCAAUAUGUAUUCACUAUGUCACAUGUUGACAGAACCGUCCUGCUAUAAUUUUAAUCUGAUUAAAUUAGACUAACUUUACUUGUAUCCAUGUAGGUGAUGAUGGAUCAGGGUGUUUAGGCUGGUAGCAUUUAAUUAGGCAUACUUGAAACAUAGUGGCCACUUUGUGCAGCUCACUUGGAGCUCGGCUAUACUGGCACUGGACACAUGCUGCAGUAGAAUGAUAUCAAUUAAAUUUGCUACAUUCACAUGACAUAUGGGACAUGUUGACUCCAGGAUGUGCUAUACAGUGAGGUUCUUAAAUCAGUGGCGUAGGUUGGUGUCUCUAAGUAAAACGAACAUCACUCUAAAGAGCCGGCCCCUUCUCUAAAAUACCUUUGUGCCUCUCUAUAAUUUUUGUUAAGCUAGUGAUAAAUUAAGUUAUUGGGGGUCCAAUUGUAUAGGUUAUGUUACUGAAAUGAGAUCUCUUUUGGGUCUGUUAUAUGUAAAAAUGGAAUGUAUGAAUGGAGCACUGGCCCUCCAGCUCUGGCAUCAUAUUGCACUAUAUCAUCAGGGCCGAAGUAGCUACGCCACUGCUUUGAACAUGCUUAUACUCACUCUAAUUAGAUAUGUUAUGUAUGUAACAUUAACAGCAUAGCUUUCAUCUGAUCCACUUUGUAGUGUACUACUUAUAAUAUUAUGAUGUGCCCACUUUGAUGAACAUAAUUGAAAUGUUUGUGUUGCAAAAGUACAACAGAAUGCAUACUAUUAGCAGUAGUGAGAGCUGUCCAGUCAGAUCUGUAAGAAUGUACUUGGACAGAAGGUGGCGCCACCCGGGGCUCGCCAGUCGCCAUCACUAGUUGAUACAAUAUUCCAAUAGACAAUAAGUUGUUGUUAAGUUGCCAUAUCCUAAUAUUUAGAUACUCAACUAUUAUACAUUAUAUAUAUUAUAUAUCUAUAUAUGACGCAUAUGAGAAGUAUAGAGUAUUAUUAUAUUCUACGUAUAGUUUGUGAUAUGAAUGAAUUUACAUUUUGUGUGAAAUCUACAAUGUAGUUUUAAGUAAGGUGUAGUGUAAGACGUGAGGGACGCGGGCCGCGGCCGCUCUCCUCGCGGGAGGGGUCGCGCCUCUGCGGCCAACUAGCUGCCAUCUCAAACAUGUUACGUCGUUCGUUUAUUGUUAAUCUAGUACAACAUUCCUAAUGCUGAAUUUAGUUCAAGUAACUGUUAAUUGGCAUAACGUUUGGCUGUUAAUUUUUUGCACAAGUUUUAAUACAAACGUCUAAAUAAUCUCUUGAAGACUGUACACCGGCAAAUAAUGAAUGCAUUUAUUGAAAGAAUACUCUGUUAUCGUUGGCUCUCUUGUCUCCUGAUCGCUAUUGUUUGCAUUUGUUUUUAUAUUACAUAUGUGUUGUUUUGAAACACUUAUCACGUAUGGUCAUAUACUUAGUCUAUCAGGUGUUCAGCUGGUCACAUUAUUGUAACGUAAGUUUAGUUUAUAGUUUAGUAUUUGUUUAUAUCGUUCGCUUUUUAUUGCUUAUAUUUUGUUAUAUGGUGCGCGGUCGCCGUCGAGACGUUCCGCGGUAUUGGCGGCGCCGACGCGUUAGAGGUAUAUAAUAUGUAACCAGUGCCUAUAGAUGAUCUAGGUAAUACGCGUAUGUUAUUGCAACUGCGACAGCCAUAUAGUUAUAGUUUUACUUUAGUUGUAAGCAAGUAGAUGGCACUAAUUCAAGAAUAUAGCGAGUGUCACUCGACGCACGGGUGCACGCUCAACCACUCAAUGUUUCGUCUGAAGUUUUGCAUUAAAAUUCACUUCGUCAGCAUCACUAUGUAACAUUAGAAGACAAACAUGUUCCGCAACAACAAGUGACGCAGAGUAAUGCGGCUCAACCGCAAAGAUGCGCACUAUUAAACGCUCGUUGGUUUGGCGAAUACGAGUGCACAUAACCACAUUAAUUCUUUGUUAUGUUAAGUAUAUGUAGAAGGUGAACUUACUUGUACGUGGGAAGAAGCAUAAUAUUUUCGAAUAUAGUAAAAAAUCGCGAGCGCCAUACGUUUACACGUACAAUAUAUUAUUUACAUAGUAUUUAAACAAGCAACAGAAAAGAUUUACUAAUAGUAAAAAGGAAAGUUCUCGUCGCCUUUAUUCUAUUGCUGAACGGUAUAUUGUGUAUGGCUAACUCGCCAGCGGUGCUUUUUUAUCUAGAGUUGAUACGAAGUCAGCAGCUCUGGCAGCUAUUAGAGUGAGGAGCUGAAGUCGGCAGCCACUUCUCAGUGAUCUAGUACGGACUUCGUACAUUGUACGGGAUUAUUAAAUACUGUUGUCAUGCUUUCAGAAAAUUUUAAGAAUGUUACAUUAUGCAUAUAAAUGAUGUGACAGCGCGUAUUUUGAACUCGGAUACAUAAAAUAUGUAUAUUUUUCAUGACAUAAUUGCGUUCAAGUUACUUUCAGUUAAUUUUCCAAACUACCUUUACUUUCGUCAAACAUCGGCAAAGUUAUUCAUGGAGGGCGGUGAUCCAUGAUCAUUUACCAUCAGAUGUCCACUUGCUCAAUGUUGUAUAAUUUUACAUUACCAUAUGUAAACAAAAUGAAUCCAAGCUUCAGAGAUCAAAAUACGCGCCGGCAGUGGCCAGUGAUGCCUUCUACGACGUGUGUAGUGUUAAAACUAACGCUUAGGUACUUUAAGGUAGUGCCAUAUUAAAAGAGCUUCCUGUCUAUUUUUAA